GUUCUUCGAGUCCAGUGCAAUACCCUUCAAUACCAAGCUUGCCUGCAAUGGUUCGUGACUCGCCACUUCUGAUUCAGCAGAUCAGAGACUUGAGAAUUGCCCUAAGGAAUGUUCAGAAUGAAAAACUUCAGCUCCAGACAAAACUUGCCAAGAAUCAGCUGGACAGUUUACAACCACUGAAGGUGCCUAAGAAGAACAUAUUUAACAGAGAUUUGGAGGAACUUAAACAGAAAGAUGAAAAGGAUAAUCAGGAGGAAAAUAACCUGGACAGGCUAGAAAAGAAAGCCUCCAGUUUAUUAAAAGAAGUGUUUCAUGUGAUGACAAACCCUAAAGUAGUUGACAUUAGCUCACGAGCUCCUGGAACUCCUGCGUGGCUGGAUAGAUUAUCACCAGCGAAUCAUCUCAUUCAAGAGGUGACUAAAGUACAGGAUUUGCAAAAGAGAGUUGAACAUCUACAGGCGGAAGUUGUCAAGGAAGUUGUUAAGCGAAAAGCUGGAGGCAGUGUGAAGGCUGAUUUUGCCCUGUUCCCAUCUAGAGAGAUGACUAAGGCACUUCAAGAAAGUAAACCUGAAGUUAUUGGACAUCUUAAAAUUCCUGUUACUGACAAACAGAUGAUCGACACUCCAACUGUUCCUCUUAUCCUGAAUGUUGAAACACUGAGACUGCUGCAGAGGAAACUGUUACUGUAAAUUAUAAAUGACGUGUAUUUUGUAAAUAAUGUGUUAUGAUUAUAUGUAAAUGUAGGCUUCUUAAUGAUCCCGAAUGGAUAAAAUUGCAAGCAUUUCUUGAACUCUGUUAAUUACAAAUUAAUUUCCUUCUCCAAUUUCUUUCAUGUUCAUGUGUUACUGGAAGGAAAUUCUCAUAAAUUUAUAUGCUAACAGAAUGUUAUGGAGUCUGACUUUGUUUGAAGGGUCAGUCACACAUUUUCUUUUGAGUGAUAAAUGCUCUUUUAAUUUGAAGUAAUGUACACCACGACCACAGUUCAUGUUGAGUAGGUGAGUGGUGUUAAUAUGAAACUUGUUCACAAUGAAAGUGAUCAUUUGGCUGUGUGCCUGACAGACGAGCAGUCAACCAGAUGGGCAUUUCAGAGCAAACAGGAACACUGAGUGCCUCAGUACUGGUGAGGACUAUAUUUAACAGCUUCUACUCCUUCGCCAGGAACCAUUCCUGAAUGGGUUUAAUUUGAAUCACCCUCAUAUAUUUGUGGUAAAUAAACUUACUGAAACGGUUUCCCCAUAUGGCAGUUCAGUACUCUAUCUGACUUUAGGUUUUGCUUUUAUAUCAUCUGUAUGCAAUGUCAGUUAGUAUUCUGCUGUCAUUUUUUCUUUAUUUUCUGGCCUAACCGGCCUUCAUCUUAUGUACAGGUUGUU